GUUAACGAUUGAUGUUUUAUUCAACGUCAACUAAUGAGUUUUGUUUCGUAAAUUUAGCUCUGAAACGAAGCGAAAUCGAAUCAUAUAGUUUGUUGAGCAUCUCCAAGCCAGCACCAUAAUCACCGCCAUAUGAAUUUGUAUAAUUGAUCGCUAUUAGCGAUUUUAAUCGCAUCCCGUCACGCGAAUACGCUAGGUCAUAAGCCCGGCUUAAAGGUGCUCCUAUGAAAUAGAUAGUGAAAUAUAAGCAAAACUUAUGGCCAUAACUCACUUAAAACGCGCUCUAAAAUAUGACACCAGGCCGCGGUAAAUGCAUUUAUGAGCUUAUACAUGAAUCUGUAUGUUAAGAGAAAACUAUGUACCAAAGAUCUCUUGAGUGAAUUCAGCGAAAACAACCGCAAGUACGAAAAUAAUACCCGCUUUGAAUUGAGUAAAUAUAUCUCAGACAACGCAUCAACUCGUCAGUGUUCGGAUGCGAUUCAUGGGAGACGCUUCAGUAACUAAGAAAUCAUGAUUCAAAAAAAGUUUCCAAUCAUAGUGAUUUUAAUCAUGAUGAACUCUCAACAAUGGCUUCAGUUAGAAGCUCAUAAAUGCACUGCGGUAGAAGGUGCAAACAACUUUGGAAUCUACAGUUGUCAAGGAGUGCAAACUCUGAUUGAAAUAGAAGAGGAGUUGACAGCUAGUUGGCGGGGUAUUGCUGUGCGAAAUGGCGAAAAUGAGUUCCUUGAUUUUUCAGCGCAAUCUGGCGAGCAACUUCAAAAAUCGAGGUGGGCGCAGAUCGUUGAAUUAGAUUUGUCGCAGUCUGGUGCUCUAAGUCUCGGCGAUGAAGGAUUCAGAGCGUUCGUAGCUUUGGAGCGAUUGAAUAUAACGAAUGCCCAAUUGGAAGAUUUGAAGACGCACUACUUUCCCAAUGCAGCUAAAAUUAGGUAUCUUGAUGCCAGCUGGAACGACUUUCAAAAGUUGAAUGCAGCAAAUUUUCGACGCCUACCGCAACUGAAAGUCGCAAAUUUUUCACAUAAUAAUAUAGGACUUAUUGAACAAGGCACGUUUGCGGAGCUUUCGCAUCUGGAAUUCCUUCACCUGGACAACAAUGCGCUAACUAACGCGUCGAUUGGCACCUGCAGUAGACUCAAAGAGCUAACGCUUAGCGAUAACGCCAUCGAAAAGUUGUCCGUAUAUGACUUCGCUGGGUUGCCGCAACUACGUCACUUGCGUCUCACCACUAAUUCCAUACACUAUAUUAAAAGCGGUGCAUUCGAGCCUCUCGGAAAGUUGACUGUACUCAAUCUUGCCGCGAACGCUUUGCAACGGCUAUCCGCUGAAACCUUCCGUGGAUUAGACAAAGCGCCAUUGCAGUUCUUGGACCUGAGUUCAAAUGAUUUAGGCAUCUUGCCAGUACAGCUGUUCGCGCCGCUACGAAAAUUGCAAAUUUUAAACCUCUCCAGCAAUAAAUUGAUCGCGCUUCAAGCUGAAAUUUUCGAGGGUUUGACGGCACUACGUAAAGUUUAUUUGCAUGACAAUGAUAUCGACGCUAUUCGCCCCAACACAUUCGCAAACCUUACCGCCCUUGAAUCGCUGGAUUUAUCAGGAAACAAUAUACAGGUGCUGAAUGCAUAUGCUUUCGGCACAGUGGCCUUGCCGCGCUUCCAGAAGCUAACAAUAAAGACCAACAGCUUGAAGCACUUGCAUUCGCUUGCCUUUGCUGCACUGCCCUUCAUGGAUCAUCUCUCGAUGGGCAACAAUGACUUGGCCAUAUUGGAUGUACGCUCAUUGGAGCCGCUGCGACGUCUGAGAAAGCUUCAUUUGGGAAAUAAUUUACUUGAAGAAAUAACGACUGAGUUGCUUCCUGUUCUAAACGAUGUAGCGGAGCUACUUCUGGACAAUAAUAAGUUAUCAUUUCUACCGCACAUGACUGACAGAGAGUUUCCCAAUCUGGUAAAGUUUUCUUUGGAAGGCAAUCCAUGGCAAUGCACCUGUCUUGAUGAUUUGUUCGUUUGGCUAAAUAAGAAAGAAGUAGAUUACUACCGGCCACAGAGUCCAUUUUACCAGGGUGAAAGAGCCUUGUGUGUUGUAACGGAUAAAGAAGAAUGUGUGAGAGAAUUGACGACUGUAAAAAACAGUGGCUAUUUAGAUUUUUAUGAACUGACAAAGAAAAAUUAUUUUUAAAUAACCGAUCCUUUUCUUUAGAAGCAUAAUAUUACACAUCAUUUUCUUAUCUCCUCUAUACAAGUGGACGAUGUGAUUCAUGAGGGAGGUUUUCGCGAAAAAUUUAUUAUGGUUUAGUAUAAAUUGGCUGAAAUGUGGAGAUAAUAGUUGAAGGUGUUGGGAGAAAAAUCAUGUCGAUGCCAUAUAUCUAUAGCAAAACAAUUAAAUAAGUAAAUCUAAUGUUACAAGAUUAGUGUCAAACGAAUGGUGUUUGAGAAGGUUUUAAUCCCAACUUAUUAGUUUUGCGAGCAGCUUCAUCAGAACUUGCAGCAGAAGUAGAAGAUUCAGUGUCCGUAUCUUGACUAGUGCUUUUCCAAAUAUCUGAGUACUUUUGGUUUAACUCAAUGAGCCUGCUAGGUGAUUAACCCUCUCGUAGGCAGAACCGCCUCCAGACGGUCGUUAACUAAACACCUUUUUAGUGCACCUAUAAUAAUAUUUUUCUAUAUUCGUAAGG